AUGAUUGAAAAUAGCAAAAUUACUGAUAAUUAUUCAAAUGACAUACCAUUUGAAAAAUUUUGGAGUUUUGAGUUGUUUCUUUUUAAAUUAAUCGGAAAAUCAUUGGACGGUGCGUUCAGCGGUGACAAUUACAAAGAAAAUUAUAUUGAAGAUUUGGUAUUUUUUUUUGGAUUUAGUUUGCUCAGUUCAUUUAUUUGUUUUUCGAUGUAUACAUUGUAUACUGUCGAGUUAAGUAUAACAUUUGCGGCUGAGUUUGUUCCACUUGUGCUCAGUAUAUUCAUAGUAACAGUAAAGGCAUCAAUUAUGUGGUUCUAUAAAAUUGAUUUAUUUACAAUUUUACAACAGUUCAAUUCUCUGUGGAUCCACGCCCGAAAGAAAGUCAAUCUAACAAGAAGAAUUAAUAAAUUGUUGAACACUUCAGAGAAAGUGCGCUUUAUUUAUUUAACAGUAUUAAUCUUUUGUGGAUUUUGUUAUGGAAGUCGACCUUAUAUCGUUAUGUUGACAAACUAUUUGGGAGAAACACCGGAAUCAAACAGUACGAUUGAUUUUACAAUUCUCGUUUAUCCAUUAGAGUUUCCAUUUUCUUAUCAAACGAUUAGUCGAUAUAUUUUCCUCUUAAUAUAUGAAACUUGUUUGGUUUAUUUUUGUGUUGUCUACCCAGUGUGUGAUGCUUUAUAUAUUCAUCUAAUGACGCAUCUUGCAAUUAAUUUUUCGAAAAUACAAUCAAUAUUCGGUCCCGUUUUUUUUGUCACAAUUAUUUUGAAUGGAUUAGAUCUAUGUCUGUGUGAACUGUCGGAAGGAAAUGGGGUGCUAUUAGUAAAGAGUUUGAUGCAUGCAGUUAUAAUUUGUGUACAGAUAUUAACUUAUUGUGAUUUUUCACACUCAACAACAGAAAUGAUCAACAGCAUCGAUAUAUCUAUCUACAAUUCGGAAUGGGUGGAUAGUACUUCUAAGUAUAAGAAAAUUUUGAUUUUCAUAAUGAUGCGGGCGAGCAAAGAAUUCAAAUUUACGGCUUAUAACAUUAUAACUCUUAAUCGUGAGCAAAUGACUAAGGUAUGA